AUGGAAUGUCGAGGCCGAGAGGGAUCAACUUAUGGAAGUUCGGAUCAGGAAGCUGUGGAGAACGAUGCAAAAUUGGUGAUCCAUGGGGACACAAAUCUCGAGGAUAUCGGCGCAAUCAAGUAUACAACCCGAAAUACUACCGCUACUCGUAAAUUUGACGCUGUCCUCUACGGAGCCGACAAAUCGGCCGGAAGAUUGCUCAAUCAAUUGCACCUCUUCUUCACACUCUUUUCUCAGCGCUGCUACCUCGAUUUCGGCUCGCUGACGUACGACAGUACUCAGCUGGAAUUGGGCUGGAUGAAGCAGAAGAAUUCGUCCACUUUGAUGCCCUACCUGGACUUCUCGGACUAUGUACGCAGCAACGAGUGGCACACGAACGGAGAAGAGGACAUGCGCCACAACAUCGUGGACCCGAAAAAGAAGACUCAGGUACCUGAACACAUCAUUUGA